AUGGUCUUUUGUGGGGAUUCUUUCAGGAAACAGGACGUACCGUAUACAGCGUUUUCGCCACCGGACGGACAGUUCGAAUAUUUGGUGACUCCCAUGGGCCUCUCGUGUAGCCCUGAAGCAUUCAAUCGCCUGAUCCAGAAAGUCUUUGCCGAUCAGAGCAGCUUCUGCAAGGCCUAUUUCGACGACUUGUUUGUCUACACCGAGACAAACGAUAUGGAGGAUCACCUUGUUGCCCUAGAAAAGGUUCUUGAGAGGUGCAAGGAGGAACGGGUGUACAUCAAGCUGUCGAAGUGUACAUUCUGCGCCUGGGAGAUACCUUGUCUAGGCGACUUCAUCGGAAUCCAUGACAUUCGGAUGGACCCCGACAAUAACUGGCCAAAGCCUCGCACGAAGCGUGAACUACAGUCGUUCCUCGGCACUUGGGAAGACUCGACUAAACAACUCCAGUUCAACGAGCUGCACCUAAAGUGCUUUGAAGAGUUCAAGUGCAGACUCUCCAAGCCUCCCGUUAUAGUCCAUCCCGACUUUGACCGAAUGUUUUGCGUGAAAAAGGACGCAUCUGACUUUUCCGUCGGUGGCUAUCUGUACCUAUUCGACGACGAAGGCAAAGAGAGAGUCAUUGGUUAUGGCGGCUGA